AUGAAGUCCAUCUCGCAUGCUUUAGACGAUAUUUCGGAAAGGCUCAACAACUUGAAGUUGAGAGAGACCGACCUCAUCAAAGCCAAAGGCCGAGAUGGCCAAAGUCGAGAAUCUGUCUUUUCUGAUGAUCAGAUAGAGGCUUUGAGUCAAUCAGUCAGAGAAAUUCUGACUAUUGAACGAAACGUUUCGGCACAGCAUGCAAUCAUCAAGACCGUGCGCUACGAUUCUUGGCCUAUGCGGCAUGACACGAUUCACGAAGCACACAGAGAGACUUUUCAAUGGGCGUUUAAAUCAAAAGUCGCAAGUUGGUUACUUAAAGGAGACGGUAUCUUCUGGAUUUCCGGCAAACCUGGCUCUGGGAAGUCAACACUGAUGAAGUUUAUUGCCGACCAUCGAAAUACUAGAAGAUAUCUAGAAAAGUGGGCUUACCCUCAACCCAUCGUCACCGCGUCGCAUUAUUUCUGGGCGGCCGGAACCCCAAUGCAAAAGUCCCUGCAGGGUCUUUACCGAUCUUUGCUCUACGACAUCUUUCGGAGACUGCCGUCGUGUAUCCCUAUUGCCACCCCAGAACGAUGGGCCACCGUCUUGUACGCCUCUCAGGAAAGGCUACUUGAUCACGACGAACCAUGGAACUUGGCAGAACUGUCGGCGGCUCUGCAGAACUUGGCGAAAUCUAGGGAUCUUCCUGCAAAGGUAUGCAUCUGUGUCGACGGUAUGGACGAGUUCGACGGCGACAUGCUGGAGCUUUGCGAGAUUCUCAAAGCAUUCUCUCGUUCAUCACACAUUAAGCUUUGUCUAUCUAGUCGUCCAUGGAACGUUUUCAAGGACGCGUUUGGAUCAGAGCUAUCGAAACUGAUAUACAUACACGAACUAACACACAACGACAUUCACAAUUUUGCACGAGACGAGCUGCAAAGUCAUCCGCGGUGGAUCACAAGUACUUGUGGAACGGACGCAUUAGAGAGAGAGGCGCUUAUUGAAGCCGUCGCUAUCCGCGCGGAAGGUGUUUUCCUUUGGGCAUUUCUCGUUACUAAGUCGCUGAGAGAGGGUCUAUCCAAUGACGACACUAUUUCGGACAUGCAAGAGCGACUGGACAGCCUGCCGAGGAGUCUCGAGGACCUUUUCAAGCACAUUCUGGAAACCGUGGACCCGAUUUACCAUCCUAAAAUGGCUGGUAUGUUGAGGGUUACUGCACAAGCGGUAAACCCUUUGCUACUCGACCAUUACUGGCAUUAUGAAAAGGGAUUUGAGAAACUUCAGUACGCCAUUCUAUGCCCGAUAUACCCUUAUUCCCACGGGCAGAUCUUGACGCUGCGGGAACAAGCCGGCAGGAGGAUUAAUGCCAUGACAAAGGGCCUGCUCGAAGUGAGGAAUGGACGUGUCGAGUUUCUUCAUCGGACAGUGAAGGAUUAUCUGGGCACUAAGGAGGGAAGCAACUAUAUCGAUGAGCGCAUAAGGCCCAAACAUAGCAUCUGGCUAUCAAUCCUGGGAGCAUUCCUCGCCCACAUGAAAACCACGACAUACGCCACUACUCAAUUGGCAGGAAUCGUCAGACACGCUGCAGGACAAAACACGGGCCAGUGUAUCCGGGAUCUCCACGAAGCAUUCUUAUAUGCAACAUUAGCAGCGCGAGCGCCAGACGAUGGCAGUCAGGUUGUGAAAUAUUUGGACGAGUAUGAAAGAUCACUCCAAUACAUGCAAGAGACAUCCCAAGUUACUGUGGACGCAUUAACGCCAUACGAUCGAAGACUGCCAUUUAGAGAAGAGCUACUGAAGCACAAUCUCCCCUUCUACCUCGAGAAAAAGCUUGAGCAUGACCCCGACUAUUUCGAAAUAUUCGACAGAUCACCACUAUUCGCCGCGUUGAUGCCCAUUGUUCCAUGUCCGUUACCGGAGCGGCCCGAUCCUUGCAUACGCAUGGUUGAGAUUCUGCUUCAGAAGGGGAUUGAUCCGAAUGAUCCGAUGACAACAGGCAAAACCUUCAAGCCUCUUUCGCCGCUGCAAUUAUUCAUCAGCCGAGAACUUGAACACACAGAAGGCUAUAACAGCUUGGUUGCUCUUCUCGAAUCAUAUAGCAUAAAUCGUCAGCUCAAGACUACAUUGAAGCCUAAGAAGUUUGAGGAAGCCAAGCGAAAGAGUGAGGGAAAAUCUAAACAUCGGGUAAAGAGACGUAAGUGA